AUGUCUGUGUACGAUGCUGCUUUCCUCAAUACUGAGCUAUCGAAACCGACUUCGAUCUUCGGCCUCCGGCUAUGGGUCGUAAUCGGAAUCUUACUCGGAUCUCUAAUUGUCAUCGCGCUCUUCCUCCUCUCCCUCUGUCUAACCUCUCGCCGCAAAAACCGAAAGCCGAGAGCCGAUUUCGCUUCCGCCGCCGUCGCAACACCGCCGAUUUCCAAGGAGAUAAAGGAGAUCGUUCCGGCGAAUGACCACCACUACUCGACGCAGGCUGCUCCGGCGGAGAUCCAGGUGGAUAUCGGGAAGAUCGAGCAUCGAGUGGUGUUUUCAGAUCGGGUGUCGAGUGGGGAGAGUAGAGGGACAGCGAGUGCCAGCGAAACGGCAUCGUUUUCGGGAAGCGGAAACGUCGUUGGGCCGGAGGUAUCGCAUCUGGGAUGGGGACGGUGGUAUACUCUGAGAGAGCUGGAGGCGGCGACGAACGGUCUUUGCGAAGAGAAUGUAAUCGGAGAAGGAGGCUACGGGAUUGUGUAUCGUGGGGUUUUAACUGAUGGAACUAAAGUCGCCGUCAAGAACUUGCUUAACAAUAGGGGUCAAGCAGAGAAGGAAUUCAAAGUAGAAGUGGAAGUAAUUGGGCGUGUGCGGCACAAGAAUCUCGUUAGGCUUUUAGGGUAUUGCGUUGAAGGUGCUUACAGGAUGCUGGUGUAUGACUUUGUGGAUAAUGGUAAUUUGGAGCAAUGGAUACAUGGUGAUGUGGGCGAUGUGAGCCCUCUAACUUGGGAUAUCCGCAUGAACAUUAUACUCGGGAUGGCUAAAGGAUUGGCGUAUCUACAUGAGGGUCUUGAACCAAAAGUUGUUCAUCGGGAUAUAAAGUCAAGCAAUAUCUUGCUUGAUCGCCAAUGGAAUGCCAAGGUUUCAGACUUUGGACUCGCUAAGCUGCUGGGUUCCGAGAGCAGUUAUGUGACAACUCGUGUCAUGGGAACAUUCGGGUAUGUAGCGCCUGAAUAUGCUUGCACCGGAAUGUUAAACGAGAAGAGCGAUAUCUAUAGCUUUGGAAUAUUAAUCAUGGAGAUUAUCACUGGACGAAACCCUGUUGAUUAUAGUCGCCCUCAAGGAGAGACGAAUCUAGUGGAUUGGCUGAAGUCAAUGGUGGGAAACCGAAGAUCAGAAGAAGUAGUGGAUCCAAAGAUACCGGAACCACCAUCCUCAAAGGCUCUUAAACGAGUGCUGCUCGUAGCUUUGCGUUGUGUGGAUCCUGAUGCCAACAAGAGACCUAAAAUGGGACAUAUCAUACAUAUGCUUGAAGCUGAAGACUUGCUCUAUCGCGAUGAACGCCGAACAACGAGGGACCAUGGAAGCCGACAGAAACCAGAGACAGCGGCUGCGGGUGGUAGUGAAAGCGGCGAGAGCGGUUCACUGGACCAACAUCAUAAGCUGAGAUGA